GUGAAAUCCCCUACUCUCUGGUCCACUAGAUGCAUAAGGGAGAGCAACAGUCACAGCCACCUGAUUUGAAUACCUCUCUUUUAUCAACGAUCGCAGCAUCUAUUCUCUUCUUAUUUUCAAUCGACGAAAAAGGAGCCGUUACCAGCGCGGAGAAGAGAGGUUUUCACUCUCCUUUGCAAAUAAACGUUUCGAAUUUAAAUUAAAGAAGAGGAGGAGGAGUUCUUUAGUGCAUCAGUAUGUGUUUGAGAUCAAUGCAUCCAAUAUAUGGAAUUUACUCGCUUUUUAAAAAAAGUUUUUGUGAAUUUAAGGGAAUCUCGGAGGUUCGUUAAAAAUGGAUGAAGGGAAGAAGAAGAAAAGAAACAAGAAGAAGAAAAGCAAGCAGAACAACCACACCAACAAUAAUAAUAUUAAUGGGCAAAAUCAUGGUAGUGUUAAUGAUAAUCAAUUUAUAGAGGUUUCUUCAAAUGGUGAUGUCGUGGACGCAGAGGAUUUUAAUGGACAUUAUGAUAAACCCAAAGGAGCAGCACCGCGUUCUCCCUGGCUGAAAAGAGAGACUGCUUUACAAGAGACAAACAAACAUUUACAAAAUGAAACCGAUUCACUCACAAGGACGCAGGAUACCUUUGAAGAGACAAUCAAACGAUUACAAGAUGAAAAUGAUUCACACAUACAGAAAGAGCAUGAAGGAACUUACUGCGUUUUACAGGCUACCUUAGAAGAGACAGUAAAACAGUUACAGAAUGAAAGUGCUUCGUACAUGCAGAAAGAGGCAUCCUUAGAAGAUACAAUCAAUCAAUUAAGAAGUGUAAACAAUUUGUGCAUACAAAAAGAGGCUACCUUUGAAGAUACAAUCAAACAAUUGAAAACUGAAAAUGAUUCCCACCAGCAGAAAGAGGCUGGCUUUGGGGAGAAACUCAACCACUUACAGGAUGAGAAGGCUGCUCUGGUUUUAAAAGCUGCAAGCAUAGGGGAAAAGAUUAGACUAUUAGAGAGUGAUAAAGAUUCUUGGACCUUAUCAGAGAAUACAACCAAAGAAACCAUUGCUAGAAUGAAUAUCGACAUCACAAGACUACGAAUGCAGGUGGUGGAGUUGGAAGAUUCCAGGAAUAGUCUCGUGAAAGAAAACCAACAACUGAAGGAAAGCAUGUCUGACCUGAAGUUACAGCCUCAAAACAUCAAUACGAGAGUCUCCUUUGCUAACACAUCAGAUCUCGGAAAGCUUGGCUCUGAAAAAGAGGAAUUGAACUCCCAGAUCGAAGCAGCUUGUGCACUGGUCGACAAAUUGAUCACAGAGAAUGCAGACCUUGUUGAGAAAGUGAAUGAGUUGUACAUUAAACUUGACCAUCAAAGGACAGCAGAUAGUUUUUCUUCAGCAACUGGAAGAGGUGUUAUCGUUAGAAAUUCUGAAAUCGCCAAUGGAACUCAUCCCAUGGCUGAUUCAAAUGCAAACUUGACUGCAUUGGGCCAUAAGCUAGAGUCCUUGGAAGUGGAACCUGCUGUGGUAGUUCAAUACCCUUCAGAAGCUGGAUCUGGAGAAAUUGUCCAAAUCCCAUUGGAUGAUAAUGAAGUUCCGGAUUUGGAGAUGCAAGCUGCUGAGACUGACGAUAAGAGUGGUGCUGUGCCACUUACGGAUGCUCCACUAAUCGGAGCUCCUUUCCGGUUAAUAUCAUUUGUUGCAAAAUAUGUUAGUGGUGGUGACUUGGUCAACAAAGAUGAUUCAGAUUAGGGCACUUGCUAGGAUAUAUGAUGUUUCGUUCUUCCCAUGCAUCUUUUUGUCCAUUUUCAUUUUUCUAUGAUGGGCAAGUGUGAGCCAUUACUUAUUAUUA